UCCAUGGUUGAGUGUCAGAGAGUUCGACCGCAGCAGUUCCUGCCGAACAACUGUAGUAUUAGUUGUAAUACGGGGUUGGAACCUUCUGCAUGUAACCUAGGCAACCGGAAGCGGAAGUCAUUAAAAGGAACACAGUUCAUACGAAUCAGUCACGUCUCGUUGAUAUUUAUGAUAAUGCAAAAAACUCAACAACAACCACACGGAAGUAGAUUAGCUGCUAGCCUCUCAUGCUACGUCAUGUUAGUGUUGAGUUAAUUUGGUCCUGCUUUCACAUUCUUAGCUCCAGGUUGUUGUCAAAUAAACUGCGUCUCAUCUCAGCUAAACGUAAGUGGGCGUUCAUUAGCUUUGUUUUUAGCACUGUGACGUCACGUACACGACAUUAGCAUGGUACUGAUGAGCAGCGUAACCGCGACACCUGGCGUGUGGUGAUGUGUUCACGUAACACAGCUUGACUCAAUAACAACGUGUCUCUGUGUCUGUGGCUCUGUUUCUGUCUGUCUGUGGCUCUGUGUCUGUCUGUGGCUCUGUUUCUGUCUGUCUGUGGCUCUCUGUGAGUCCUGUCUGUGGCUCUCUGUGAGUCCUGUCUGUGUCUGUCUGUGGCUCUCCGUGAGUCCUGUCUGUGGCUCUGUUUCUGUCUGUCUGUGGCUCUCCGUGAGUCCUGUCUGUGGCUCUGUUUCUGUCUGUCUGUGGGUCUCCGUGAGUCCUGUCUGUGGCUCUGUGUCUGUCUGUCUGUGGCUCUCUGAGUCCUGUCUGUGGCUCUGUGUCUGUCUGUCUGUGGCUCUCCGUGAGUCCUGUCUGUGGCUCUGUUUCUGUCUGUCUGAAUCUGAAACAAUCAGAAAUCUUGUUGAUUAAUCGAUUAUCAAAAUAGUUGACACUAACUAAAGGAAAUCUUUGAGGCACCACACACACAUGAGUGAUAUUGUGAUAUUGUGAUACUGUGAUACUGUGAUAUUGUGAUACUGUGAUAUUGUGAUACUGUGAUACUGUGAUAUUGUGAUACCGUGAUACCGUGAUACUGUGAUAUUGUGAUAUUGUGAUACUGUGAUAUUGUGAUACCGUGAUACUGUGAUAUUGUGAUACUGUGAUAUUGUGAUACUGUGAUACCGUGAUAUUGUGAUAUUGUGAUACUGUGAUACCGUGAUAUUGUGAUAUUGUGAUAUAAUCAGCACGAUGACGGAGCAUUUCCACCUGAACACACCACUGCUGGAGAGUGUCAGCAUGUCCAAAUGUGCAGGAACCACCGUCUAUUUAAAGAUGGAGAAUUCACAGCCUUCUGGCUCCUUCAAGAUCCGGGGCAUUGGACACAUGUGCCAGCAGGUGGAAAUGCAGGCAUGGCUGCAGCCUACGCAGCCAGACACAUGGGUGUACCUGCCACCAUCGUCGUUCCCUCCUCCUCUCCUCAGGUGGUUAUUCAGAGACUCCAGGAUCAGGGUGCUGCAGUCAAAGUCAUUGGAAAGGUUUGGGAUGACGCCAACGCUGAAGCUCUCAGACUGGCAGAGAGUGAAGGACUCACCUAUGUCCCUCCGUUUGAUCACCCCUUACUUUGGCAGGGCCACGCCUCCAUCAUGUCAGAGGUCGCCGCCUCUCUGGGUCCUGGUGUGAAGCCUGGAGCUGUGGUGCUGUCUGUGGGUGGAGGAGGUCUCCUGUGUGGAGUCGUCCAGGGCCUGAAGGAUGUCGGCUGGGCAGAGGUCCCGGUUAUCGCCAUGGAGACAGUGGGGGCAGACUGUCUGAAUGCUGCUGUUAAAGCGGGGAGGGUGGUCACUUUGGAUGACAUCACCAGUGAGGCUAAGUGUCUUGGAGCAAAGACAGUUUGCAGACAGGCGUUUGAAUACAGUCAGAGCGGUGAGACGCCGGUGCUGUCAGAGCUGGUAACAGACGAGCAGGCUCUGCACGCUGUGGAGACUUUCCUCAAUGAGGAGCGUGUGUUGGUGGAGAUGGCGUGUGGAGCAACACUGGCAGCUGUGUACACUGGACUCGUCCACAGAUUACAGCAGGAAGGUCGCCUGCCGACCCCGCUGCGCCCCCUGCUGUUAAUCGUGUGCGGUGGCAGCAGCAUCGACGUGGAGCAGCUGAACAACCUCAGAAACAAACUCCGGUCCUGAGCUCCAAAUAUGUGACAGGUGAUCUCAGAGUGAUGUGAGCACGUCAGUGACACAGUUCACUUUGUUUCAUUUAAACAAACUCCACUUCAGAACGGUUCAAAUCACAGUGUCGGCUCUCUCAUUCAAAAACAAACAACAAUAAUAAAGUCAUUUGUUUUUGGUGGGAAUUGUGUCUUCACCACAUGCAGAGACUCAAAAUUCACAGCAAAGACAGAAAUGGUAAAUGAACUGAGAGGAGGACGGAAUACUCAGAAACUUCACAAAAACAAAGUUUAUUUGACACGGUUGUUAUUAUUCUGUAAAAUAUACAAGUGCACUGCACAUGGGAGAUAAAGUGUUUGUUUAAUGUUAGUGUUCAAAAGAAAACUGAUGUCAUACACAAAAUCAAGCACACAACAAAGUUUUACUCUAAAUCAAAUAGACUAAUAUUAACAUUUCUCACUCUGAUAUUUCAUGAGUUUCACAGAUUAUUUCUUAUACAUAGUAGA